AUGCAGCCGUUGACCAGACGGUGCUGCAGCCAUAUCAGGAGUGGCUCCAUACAAACCUGGAGGAAAUGCUCAAGCCCGCAUUCACUCCAAGGCCUCCGCAUCCCCUAUUCCUUGCGGUUCACUCGGCGGAAUCACAAUGCGACAUCUCAACCUCAAAGAGCCAGUGUAAUUGUCAUCGGCGCUGGGCCCGCCGGCAUAGCCGUCGUCGGCAAUCUCCUCGAGACCGUCCCACAUGCCAAAAUCUUGUGGGUAGAUAGAUCGUUUGAUGGCGGGAGCAUUGGCCAGCUCUAUCGCGAGCUUCCCAGUUACUCCCCGGCAAGUGACUACCUGCAAUACGCUUCCGCCUUGGCAACAUUCCGUAAUAUCUGCGAUGCGUCCCCGGAGCCCAACGCGAUCACAGCGUUGAAGGAGCUUGACCCCGAAAUGACGUGUUCGCUGAACCACGCCGCCGAUAUGCUCAAGCUCCUAACAAAUGGCUUGAUCAAGAGAGUUCAGCCCAUAGUUGGAAACGUCACCCACGUGGUCCGAGACACCUGGCCCAGAAAGUGGACCGUGACGCUAGAACUAAACCCCCAAAGUGGCCCGGAGCCAGUCCUUCUCAAGUUCCAAGCGCCCAUGGUAGUGUACUGUACCGGCAGUCGCCCUCAAACAAUGGAACUUCCCGUCAAUGUCUCCCGUCUGACCCUCCCCACUGCUCUCGCCCCUUCCCGCUUGGCGAAGGUCAUCUCCCCGGACACACCACGCACCGUAGCCGUGAUAGGCGACGGGCACAGCGCUGUCCUCGUCCUGCGCAACCUCUUCCGCAUGGCGGCCGUCUCCCACCCCGGGCUCCGCAUCCGGUGGUUCACGCGCACGGCGAACCUUCGCUACGCCGAGGAGACAGCCGAUGGCGUGAUUAUCAACGAGAAUACCGGGCUGACGGGCGAGGCCGCCCGCUUUGCGCGCACCAUGCUCGAGGGGGACGCGUUGGACACAUCGGACGCGCGCCACUACGUCACUCGAUUCGUCUUUCCGUCUUCCAGGGAUGAGGCGGAGAGGGAUCAGUUGGAGAUGGAGAUGCUUAGAGAGCACUUGGAAGGCUGUGACUACGUGAUUCAGGCGAUUGGUUUCACGCGAAGUAGACUGCCGGAGGUGCGGGCCGGGCUGGCGCCGUUUCGGGGACCUGUGGGGAAACCGAAGCGGUUAGUAUUCAACGGCUUGACCGGAUCAUUCUUCCCGAAUAUGUGGGAUAGGAACGCUGUGGUUGGGCUCUUCGGGGCCGGAAGCGCGUUUCCCGAGCUUGAAUUCACCACGGAGGGGUGGAGACAGCCGGCGGUGAGCAUGUGGAAGUUCAUGAAUUUCCUCAAGAGGAUGGUGCCGCAGUGGGUAGUGGCUACGACGAAGGGAGAGUUCGUCAAAGAUGAAAGAAGGGUAGCUUGGGAGGCAAAGGGGACGAGGGAAAUAAUCCAUGGCCGGAAAGGAUCAUGGAGUGAUAUGUAG